AUGGCGCCAAUGCGCGGCGAGCGUGGGGGUUCCCCGGCGCGAGGCGUGCGCGCCUCUUUGCCGCUGCCGCGCCGCCUCAUCAGGCAGAUCGCGCGCCACGUGGCCUCCAGUGGCCGCUCCUUACGCCGCCUAGAGGUCUCCGGCAAGGUCAUCGACAACUUCGACGACAUAGAAGACGCCUCCGACGACUCCGACUUGGAGACGCCACAGCCCGCGGUUGCAUGCGGUGGCAACGCUGGCAACCUACCACCAGCCGAUCACGAUGACGAACUCACGAGUCUCAGCUGGUUGCAGGAUCGAAAUCUACUUAGAGUCUUCUCCAUUCCAGGCAUCAACCUCACAAAGAAUGACAUUGAAGACACGAAGACGAUCACAAGUCAAGUCGUAGUGAAGCAAACGGAGGCGUCGAAGACCCCCCCUCCCGCUCCGCGUGUGCCCUCACCCCCGCGCACGCCGUGCAAGGCGCCCCCCUCCCCGCCCCCCGCCACCGCCCACACAAAGCCCCCCUACUCUUUCUCCUGCCUCAUCUUCAUGGCGAUAGAAGCCGCCCCCGCGCGCGCACUCCCCGUCAAGGAGAUAUACGCGUGGAUCAUCCGCCACUUCCCAUACUUCAAGCACGCCCCACAGGGCUGGAAGAACAGCGUGAGGCACAACCUCUCGCUCAACAAGUGCUUCCACAAGGUAGCGGCAGCCCCUGGACUCGGCAAGGGCUCCCUGUGGACGGUUGACCCGCAGCACCGCUCCACCUUACUACAGGCGUUCGGCAGGCAGCCGGUGCCGCCGCUGGAGUCGGAGCCGGAGCCGGCGGGCGGCAAAAACGCGCCCGAUCCGCAGCUGUUCCCGUACCUCGCGCGCCGGCUGGCGGCGGACGCGCGCGCCGAGCCGGCCCCGGGGGCGGACGAGUACCUCGCCGCCGCCACCGUGCUCGCUAUGAAGUACGGGCCCGCCGUGCUCGACCAGCUGCCGCCGGCCGCGCACCUGGUGAUAUCGCGAUGCGCCCGCGACGAGCACUCGUACAGCGGCGGCUGCGAGGAGAGGCGCACCGCCGAGGCGCUGCUCAACCUGGCCGGCGUGCGCUCCGAGCCGGCGCCGAGC